UGCCGAACGCCGCCGAGACCUUGCCGAACCGAGCCGAGCCCCGCCAAGUCCCCGCCGAGGCCCGCCAAGCCAGGGCUCCUCUCCCGGCACCGGCCGUUCUCUGCCGAGGCCUCGGCCCCGGCCCGGUGCGGCCCUGCCGGGGGCUCGGUGCGGCGGGCAGGCCCCCGGCUGACAGCCCUCGGCGCCUUGCAGCGCCGCGGCCUCCCGCCAGGCGGAGCCUGGGGCCGCAGGCGCGGCGCCGUGAGGGCCGGGGCCGGGGGGGCCGCAUGUCCCGGGUGGAGCUGAGGGGCGGCGGGGCCGGCGGCCGGAGCCAGCGGCAGCUCGGGAGGCCGGGGCCGAGCGGGGCUGCCAGCGCCGGGCACGGGGGGCGCAGGCCGGGCCGGAGCUAAGGAGAGAGCACCGCGGUCUGGGCCCUAUCCCUCCCCCCCCCCGCAGCGGUGGAGUUUGGGGCUUCCAGCCCCUCGCUGCCAUUUUCCUUCUCCAGGGGGAGCGGAGAUGCCGCUCGCCCGCAGCCGCCUGGGGCUGCUGCUCCUCGGGGCGCUCCUCACCUUCCUCCUCUUCCUCCUGCACCCUGACGCGGGGAAGCGGGGCCGGCCGGCGGCCAACGCCACCGCACGGACGGGAAUGGCUGCGGGAGAGCCCCCCGUCUUCUACAGGGAGGUUUCUGCAGGGCCCCAGGCCGGCGGCACUGCCAGCCCCGGGAGGCCCGAUGUCCUGUUCCUGCACGGCCAGGCGUUCACCUCCAAGACGUGGGAGGCCUUGGGCACGCUGGCGCUGCUCGCCGGAGAAGGCUACCGUGCAGUCGCAAUAGAUCUGCCCGGCUACGGGGAUUCGCCCCCAGCGGAGAAUGUGGCCACAGCACAGGGCCGGGUGGCUUUCCUGGAUCGCGUCCUCCAGGAGCUGGGCAUGCGGAGGCCCGUUCUCAUCAGCCCCUCCAUGAGCGGCCGCUUUGCCUUGCCCUUCCUCCUGGCACAGGGGGACCGGCUGGCCGGCUUCGUGCCUAUUGCGCCCGUGGGCACCAAGGACUACGCUGCUGAGCAGUAUCACCGGGUCCAGACGCCCACCCUGAUCCUGUACGGUGACCGUGAUGCGAGCCUGGGUCCCCAGGCCCUGCAGAGCCUCCGGCACCUCCCCAGGCACCGCGUGGCCGUGGUGCCCGAUGCCGGGCAUGCCUGCUACCUGGACAAGCCGGAGGACUUCCACCGGGCCCUGCUGGGCUUCCUGCGCCAGCUGAAGUGAGCGCUGCCUCGUCCCCUCUGCUGAGCGGAGGACAGGGGUCCAGGGCGUCCCGUGAGACUGGGAGGCACAGGUGGCUGGCGUGAGGGGUGCUGUUCUCUUUUGGGGUGUCCCCAGGGUGGCAGGGGGGACGGGACUGAGGGUGUCCCUUGCUGGCAGGACAGGGUGUCAUCUGUCACCAGGCCAAUAAACUGAUGCUGCUCUUGG